AUGGCCACAAUCACGGUCACCGCACCGCCAGACGACAGCGAGCACCCGCGCUCGUCGCUCACCAGCACCUCGUCAACCUCGCCCUCGCCCUCGUCCGUUUCGCCUCUCCACCUCGCGGCCCCUCCCCUGGCCACCACACGCGGCAGAGACCGCUCAGCCUCGAACGCGACACAGCCCGAGACUACCAUCCUCAAUCCCGACCACCCACCGCCGCUCAACUUUCACUUUGGGUGGAAGGGACCCGUCCUCUACCUCGUCUUCCUCCUCGUCUGCAACGUACUCAUCCCCUGCCUCCUCUAUUACCUCCUCCGCAUCUACACCCGCCUCGACGACAAAGAGCUUAUCGGCAUCGGCUCCGCCGCACUCGGCGUCUCAUCCUGCUUCGACGCUCCGCGAACAGUCCUGCGACAUCGAGCCAAGUAUGGACCGCUUUAUUACCCUUAUAUGGCGGACCCGGCGUUUGAGCCUGCGGGCAAGAACCGCUUGAUGCGGAAUAUCCCUCGCUCGUGGUGGCACCUAGACUUCACGAUGCACACCUACACCCUCGCACUCUUCACCUUUGCCAUCCCACUCGCCAUCGCCCCCGCCAUCCCACUCUACAACUUCUUCCUCCUCUCCUUCCCCAUGCUCGUCGCGCCAAUCAUGAUUGUCUUUGGGUUGACGUUGAAGAGUUGGAAGGGGUUGAGGUGGUGGAUGUCGAGUGAUCCGCCGAGAACGCCGACCAAGCCUGCGGUCUACUACAUCCUCGAAGACGUCGGAGCAGUCGACUUCCGCCUCGGCCGCGAGUGGCGCAAACGCUGUCAAACGCGCUACGCCGCCUCACCCCCGUUCCGUACCCUGAUGUGGUGGCAAACCCUCUACUGGACGUUCGGAAUGGCGGUGUUCAUCGGCGCGACUGCAGCAGUGGACUGGACGACCGAUCUCCAACUCGGUUUCGGACUCUGCAUCUCCCUCCUCUUCAUCUGGGCCCUCCCCUGGUCGCUCCUCUCCUACCUCCUCAUCCACCGCUCUCUCCUCUCUGAACGCGAGUGGUGGAGGACUCAUUUUGAAGAGGUCGUGUGUAGGAGUCUUGUGCGUCAGGAGGGGGAGGGCGGGGGGGAGAAGGCGGUUGGAGUGGGAGUCGAGAGUGAGGGCGAAAGGAGGGGCGGGAGGACGAGGGGGUAUAGCGUGCAUGCGAGGUUGGAGGCUGGACCUGCGGCGAUGGCGGGGGAGAUGAGGGAAGUCGAGGGGGCGACGGAGUCGCGAUUGGUCGGACGCGCGCAAGCGGAGGAGAAGCGGGAGGUGGGAGGAGGCCGAGCGGUGGAGAACGUAUAG